AUGACCACAAACACGAAACCCCUCUCGGUGCUCAUCUUCUCCAAAACGUCCUGGUACCGCCACGACUCCAUCGAACCCGCCGUCGCCGCACUCAAGGCCCUCGCAUCCCACAGCGGCCUCUUCACCGUCACCCACACCGAAGAUCCAGACGCCUGCCUCACCAAGGCGACCAUCCCUGCCUUCGACGUGGUCCUCUUCCUCCAGUGCACAGGUGAUUUCCUGGCCCCGCACCACGUCGACGCCCUGCAAGACCACAUCCUGCGCCGGCGCGGCAGGUUCGUCGCCGUCCACGGCGCAGCGGCGGGCAUGUUAAACGAUGAGACGUACGCUUCCCUCGUCGGGGCCCUUUUCGAUUCGCACCCGCCGCCGGAACGGGGGAGGGUGGUUGUCGAGGAGGCGGCGAGGGGGCACUUCAUCCUCGGCGGCGGGAGCGGGGAGGGUGGUGUGGAAGGGAGAGAUGGGUGGGUGGACGAAUGGUACAAUUUCGCGACCCACCCUCGGGAGAAUGACCGCGUGAGGGUGUUGAUGAGGGGGGACCCGACGUCGUUUGCGGGCGGGAAGAUGGGGGAUGAUCAUCCUCUUGUGUGGUGUCAGGAAUUCGACGGGGAAGACGGCGGGAGGUCGUUUUUCACGGCGUUGGGACACUUUGAGGAGGCGUAUUCGGACGAUUGGUUCAUGGGGGUGUUGCUGCGGGCCAUUCUCUGGACGGGUCGCGCCGAGGGGAUGUGGAAGAGGAGGGGUUGA